ACGCUUCCGGUUGUGAAAAAAUAUAUAAACGUUCAAACUGAACUGACGUGUCGCUUUCAACUUUCAGUUUCACUUUCACGUCAUUAGUGAAGAAUUUCAGACCCCUUCGAAGUUACAUUUUCCCCUGGCAUUAGUCGAAGAAGCAGGACGUUUAAUUGCUUUCUCAGCGCCAAGUUUCCUGCUGGGUGCUCAUCAACAUGCGUGGCCGUCAGAGACGUUUCCAGCUGGGCCUGCUGCUCCUGGCCUCCCAGCUGUACCAGGCGGGCUUGAACAACAUCCCCCCCGCCACCCUGGCUGUCCUGGGCCUCAACGUAUACCUGUUCCUGUUCCCGGCGGCGCCGCUGAUGGAGACUUGUGUUAGCGUCCAGGAGACGUACCGGUUGAGAGACUGGCGGCGCCUGCUUUUGUCGCCCGUGCACCACGCCGACGACCUGCACCUGUACUUCAACAUGGUGUCCUUCCUCGUCAAAGGCAUCCGGCUGGAGCGGCGGCUGGGCAGCGCCUGGUUCUUCUACAUGGUGUCCGUCUUCUCCCUGCUCGUAGGAGUGGUCUACCUGGGACUGGAGGCGGCGCUCACCGAGCUGACACAAGACCAGUCGCACAGCAUGGACUGUGUCGUCGGCUUCUCAGGGGUGAUUUUUGCCUUGAAGGUCCUCAGCAACCAUUACCACCCAGGGGGCGUGACCUAUGUGCUGGGUUACCCCGUGUCCAAUUGCUAUGCUAGCUGGGUGGAGCUUGUGCUGAUCCAUAUAACGGCACCUGGGACCUCUCUGAUUGGUCACCUGUCAGGUAUCCUGGUGGGCCUGCUCUACACGACUGGACCGCUGGAGAAGAUGAUGAAAAUAUGUGCAGCAUGGGUCACAGCCAGCACCUUCACCUCAAGCUCCGCCUUCGCAUCGUCAGGCUACAGCGGCACCAAUGGAGGCUACUCAAGAAGAAGCCACGCCUACACGACCGCAGACUCAUCUCACGCAAGGGAAGUGAUGGAGGAGGAGGAGCUGGCGGCGGCCAUCAGGAACAGCCUCAAUGACAGAGGACUCCGCAGCCAGAGGGAAGCCCCGCCCCCUGUGUACGGCUUCCGCCUGUCGGAGGAGGAGCUGCGCUCAAGGAGGCUGAGAAGGUUCGACAGAUAAAAGCGUAAAAGUGAGAGAUUCGCAGUGGAGGAGCACAGAGCUGCACCCAUGAAUGCUGGCUUCACAAAGGAGAAGGCGCCAGGUGCCGACAUGAGGGACUCGUCACGUUUGAACGUCGGCCAUGUUCCCUGAGAAGCGUGGAACAUUGCCAGCACUUUCAUGUUUUUAUUGGACUUGUGAGGGCGGGACUCACCUGCCUGUUUGCCUUAACGAACUAAUUGUGGGGCUGUCACAUGACGAAUUGUUUGUUCUGGUGCCAGUUGAGGUUGAAACUGUGUAAUUACCGCCACCAAGGCUACAGCACUAGCAAGGAAAUGUACAGUACUACUGCUACUGUAUUUUGCUUACUGGUGACGUGCUUCCUGUUUCUGGAAUGUAUUAUUUUAAAUGCCUCAGUUGCCUCCAUUGAGUUUAUGCUUAAUUCUAUUACAUAUACCAGUGAUUCUCAAACUGGGGUUACGCUGGCUCCAUCAAGUGGUAUGUAAAAAAAACCCCACUUAAUUAAAUAUGCAAACACAGUGUUGUUAAUUACCUUUCAAACUGUGUAAUGCAAUCAAACUUGUUUUCGUUGAGGGCGACUUCGCAUUUAUGGCUGCUCUCUUUGGGUUGUUACAGUGAAUAUAUACAGUUCAGUAGGGAAGAGAGUUACUGUAUAUGGCCCCAUUCCUGGGUGGAUCUUGCUUGAAUGGAAGAGGGGGG